AUGCGCUCAUUUGUCCACGUCAUGCAUUGUUCAGCCUGGAGUCAUCUGUGGGUUAAAGCAGAGAAAAGCAGCCCAUGGGCAAUUCUUUCUCGAGGUUUCGCAAUAUCUGGUGAAGGAAUUGUGAGCACAGAUGCUCCUGAGAUAGCUCCAAAAGAAAAAGUCACAGCAUUUCAAGUCAGGGGAACUUCCAUAGUGUACGAUUCGAUGGGAAAGCCAAAUACUGGCUCAUUGCAUGGGAACACCCAUUGGAUGGGGACCUAUGAUGAAUGCCAGGCCAUUAACUACAGAAUAUGGGAAUAUGGACGCGAACCACGGGAUGUGCAAGGGACGUAUUGUACAGUGCAACUAAAUACAUCAAUGUCCCAAUUUUCUACACCAUUGGUGAGGAUUCCAGCUAUGCCAGAUUAUAUGGGUCUUUGUGUUCCCAAAACAUGUAGUGCAGGGGAUCUCAUGGCUUUUAUUGGAAAUGAUUCUCUGGCAGAUCUCGGAAUCUGGUUUUUGCCAAUUCAUGCAACGAAUGCGUGGUGCAGUGAAACACCGAACAUAUCAUCUGACUCCAGAGCAAUUGCCUGCAUAUGUGUGUUAGCGGUAUUUGCCGUACUCGUUUUUACUGCCACAAUACUUCAUGGUUUAGGAUACCUACACCACAAACAUAAAGAAGCCACACUUUCAGAUGGAGCUAAUGCUAACGAUAACUCCGAAGACAGUUGGGACAACAACCCGCCAAAUUAUAUGGUAAAUCGUGGCUUUGAACCUUCUAUGAGUACAAGCACAACGUCUAGUGCGACAUCUAUUAACCUAGACUCGCCACAUAUUGUCACCAACAAAUCAUCUGAGGGAACUUUCCUCCCAGCAUACGAUUACACGCCAAAAUUUAACAGCCCCAAUGAUUCCAAAAUUCAAGCAAAUUUCACUGAAUUGAGGAGAAGAGCAGGUGAAGAGAAGAAAGUGACGUUUGGCUUAGAUGAUCCAUGUCUCAAAGGAGGUGUUCCUGGAUUUGAAGGUACAAAUGAUGAAGUAACAGAAGAGGAAACCGUGCCCAAGGAACAUAUCCGUCUAAAAUGGAGAGAACUGAGAUUUAUUGGACAGUCUGUCGAGGAUCCAAAGCCGGAGAAGUCAACAAUAUGGCAUCGCCUUCUACUGAUGUUUUCCAUGUACAAUAAUAUCCCUAAACUUUUGGACACAACUCAUCCUCCAGAAAGAAUCAAAGUCCUGAAUGCCAUGAGGUUCUUCAGCCUCUGCUGGAUAAUUCUUGGGAAUACGUUCAACCUUGGCACGGCCAGUUCUUACAUCAUCACUACGUCAAAUCUCAAGACUAAGACACCCGAAUUUAGAGAGACAUUCACGCACCAAGCAGUCUUGAAUGCAUUCUUUGCAGUGGACACGUUCUUUGUAGUAGGAGGUGUGUCUAUCGUGUACUUGUUUCUAUCAACCAUGAAACACUUCGACUGUGAAAUCACCCCUACGAUGAUGCUCCACCUUCUAUUCCAACGGUUCUGGAGAUUAAUACCCCUUUAUAUGUCAGUGAUAAUGGUGUUCACGUGUCUACAACCAUAUUUUGGAGACGGACCCGUGUAUCCCAUGGAGACUACUGAGCUGUCGUACUGUGAGAAACAUUGGUGGACAAACCUGUUGUUUAUCAACAACAUCGUGCAUGACAGAGAACCAUGUCUGGUGCAUACUUGGUACCUUUCUGCAGAUAUGCAGUUCUUCAUCAUAUCCUCUAUUAUCCUGAUAAUCCUUAUAAAAUGGCCUAAAGUAGCCUACAUCACCAUUGCUCUGCUGUUCUGUGUUAACUGUACUGUUACAGCAAUUGAGGCAUUUAGGAUUAGAAGCAGUCCAACAUUACAGAACGAUCAUGCAGAGUACUGGAACAGCAUGUUCACCAAGCCCUGGUGUAGGAUAGGCCCCUAUCUCAUAGGUAUACUACUUGGCGUGCUGUUGUAUGAGACAGAAGGACGACUACCUUUCUAUAACUGGAAAAGAUGGAUCUUUGUGACAUGUGGCUGGGCUAUUUCACUGACCUGUAUUUCUGCUGUUGUGUAUGGUAUAUAUGCUGAGAACAGGCAAGGAGGGGCACCAUGGUCUGUAGGUGUCUAUGUACUCUAUGAGACAACAAAGCAUUAUGUGUUUGCCCUGGCCGUUGCUUGGAUCAUCUUUGCAUGUGCCUCAGGGAAUGGAGGAUUUGUCAACCAUAUUCUUUGCUGGGAUACAUUUAUCCCACUGUGUAGGCUGACCUAUGCCUCUUACUUGGUGCACCCUAUCAUCAUAUACAGGGCCAUGUAUGUAACUAGGGCUCCCAUUCAUGUCAACUAUUCCUCUAUGGCAUACUUCUACAUUGGGCAUGUUGCACUAUCUUACGCUACAAGUCUUCUCCUUAACACAUUCCUUGGCACACCACUGCUUGGCCUUAAAAUCGAAAUCAUGAAAUAUAUCAGCAAUCUUAAGAAACCAAAAGCUGAUGAUGAACAAUCGAAAUCACAAAAUCAUUUUGAGAGCCGUCUUGCCUUUACAACACUGCGAAAAAUGUCUGUUGAAAAUUCAAUAAAAACAGCACGGAAAAACUCAAGCAAAUUGGAGAUAAGUACAGUACAAUCUGAUGUUAAGAACACUUGGAAUGUAUCUGGUAAGGACAAUGAAACAAAUAUCGUUUCAUAUGAACAAACCCAUUCCCAAUUAUCAAAACCAAUUGUAAAUGGCAUUGGUUUGGGCAGAGAUCAUGUUACAAUGCUUUGA